GAAUCUCGGCUAGUUCGGAACGAUUAGUGCGUGAAUAGUUCUUCGUAUAUUUGGGAGUAGGCCAAACGCGGCAGUGUACCAAAAUGAAGUGUCUGAUUAUGUUUUCCUUGCUGAGCGUAAGCUGUGUUCUGGCCCAAAACGACGGACAGUACAACCCUGCACUAUUCAUCGGAAAAUUCGACGAUGGACAAUAUCACCCCGAUGACAGAGGUGCUUAUCGACCGGGUGGUGGCAGCGGACAGGGAUCUGGAUCAUCAAAUAAUCGUGCAGGAACCGGUUCUUCUGGAUUCGGAUCUUCAGGAGUAGGAUCCUCUGGGUUCGGAUCGUCUGGAAUUGGAUCUUCCGGUUUCGGAUCUUCAGGGAUCGGAUCUUCCGGAUUCGGUUCAAGUAGUAGCGGGUCUACAUAUUCGAACCGUAACGGUGCCUUCCAACAAUCAUUCAGCAGCCAAUCUUCCCAGGCAUUUAACUCUGGACAAUCUGGACAAACUUUCGGCUUCUCUCCUCCGGCACCAGCCUCGAAUAGCCAAUCGAGCAGAUUCGGCGGUGGAUUUGGCGGUGGAGCAAGCAGUGGAUCUAGCGCUGGAUCCAACGGUAAUGCCGGCGGAGCUGGACAGAUUGGUAUCAAGGAAGAUACCCGUGAAUUCAACGAGAAUGGUUAUCACUACCAUUAUAUAACCGACAACGGUAUCGAUGUUUCCGAAACCGGUACCAUCGAGAAUAAGGGGGCUGAGAAUCAAGUGCUCCGUGUUAAAGGUUACUAUGAAUUCGUUGCUCCCGACGGUGUCCACUACCGGGUGGACUACGUGGCCGACGAAAAUGGGUUCCAGCCUACAGGAGAUCAUCUGCCGACUCCGCCUCCAGUCCCGGCGGGUCAGGGAAAGUAAGAUUGUAGGUUGUAACUUUAGGUAAUAGUGCGCUGUCUGUGUUCAUGGUGUUCAA